AAACAAUAACAAAUAAAUAAUUCUCCAUAGUUUUCCUUAAAAUAUCCUCAUUUAUCUGCUCAAAAUAUAUCAAAUGAAACCUUUUUUCAAUCAUAGAUGUGCUACUCAUCUGCCAAAGGAAACAGAAGUACUUAAUUUAUUGUAUCAAGAGAUCAAAAAUAGUCAAAAUAGUUUUCCAUCAUCUCAACUCAAAUCGCUAAUCGAAAGUUAUUCUCGAGAUGCCAGACGUGACUUGAUGAAAAAAGAAAGAGAAGGCGGUUGUCCCUUGUUUUAUGCUGCUAAACUCGGUAAUUGUGAAGCUGUGGAAUACCUAGUAACAAAUUGUGAUGCCGACAUGGAGCAGAGAAAUAUCUUCGAAGUCCAUGAAGAGAAAACUUUUCACUACAGUACACCACUUUGGGUUGCAGCUGUAGCCAAUAAAUUACCUGUAGUCAAGCUUCUUGUGAGAUUAGGCGCAAAUAUGAACUCAAUUUCCGACUCUGGUUCAACAGCUGUAAGAUCCGCUUGCUUCAUGACGAACGUGGAAGUUGUUGAGUUUCUCGUCGAGGCUGGCGCAAAUUUCAAACUGCCGAACUUCAAUGGCGGAACUUGUUUAAUUAAUUCUGUUCAAAGCAUAGAAUUAUGCAAUUUUCUUAUUAGCAAAGGUGCUGAUGUUAAUGCCAGAGAUAUUCAGAACAAAACAGCUCUUCAUUAUGCAAUUCAAGAGCAUCGAUUAGAAACAACUCAACUUCUUAUUGAGCAUGGAGCAAAUCCAUUUACAAAGUCAAGAUAUGGUGAUGAUGCACUUCAGACUGCAUGUCUUAGGGGCGCAAAUGAGAUUUUUGAAUAUUUACGAUCAAAGAUUUAUUACUCACCUGAUCGUAUUGCCAACGCUUUAGAACUAUUAGGAAGCACAAUUUUAACUGGUGAACAGCAUUUACCGAACGAAAGUCAAGCAAUAGUUUAUUGGCGACAAGCUUUAGAGAUUCGAACUCGAGAAAACGUUCCGAAAAAUAUUCUAUCACCGAGAGAAGUAUUUAAUAAUAUCGUUGAAUUCACGACAGUUGAUGAGUUAAAUUCAAUUGCCAUGGAUCUUGAUGAUAUGCGCAUACAAAGUCUGAUUAUCAGUGAAAGAAUUUUGGGAUUACAACAUAAAGAUUUUCUCUUUCGAUUGCUUUAUCGUGGAGCAUUCUUUGCUGAUUCAAUGCGAUAUGAUGGUUGCUUGAAACUUUGGAUUCUUUCUUUAGAGAUUCGUGUUGAGAAGAACACUUUGCUUCACUCAGAUACAGUUUUUGUGACCCAAGCGAUUGUUCGUCUCAUGUUGAAUUUGAAUUUAAAAGAUUCAGAAUUUAUUCCAUUUGAAGUUCAAGGACAACCAGACUUGCCAUCUUUUGAAGAAAUUUAUAAAGUGUUUCGUCUUUUAACUGACGACAUUACAGAAGCAAAAAGACUUUUAUCAAUUCGACCUGUUUAUAAGAAACAACAAGAUAACUUUGACAAAAUGCUUAAAUGCAUUACGCAUCUUAUUUAUUUAAUGUUGGCAACAGCUGGAAAAUGUGAAGAGAAACUUAUGUUGAUUCAUAAAGGAGUUUAUAAAAUUAUGAAGAGCGAUAUAAGAACAUCUAAUCAAGAUACAUUGUUGCAUAUGUGUGUGUCUCGUCUGAAUUAUGUUAAGCAUGGAUACUUUGCUGAUCACAACAUGACAGCAAAAUCUGUUUUUCCCAACAUUGAUGUUGUUAAACUUCUUCUCAAUUGCAAUGCGAAUGUUAAUGCAAGAAAUGAAUGUCGAUCAACGCCACUUUUCAUUGCUUCAAUUCCCUAUAAUUAUAACUUUGAGCUCAUCGAAACUUUAUUAAAAGUUGGCGCUGAAAUGGAUUAUCCAAAUCGUACCGGUGAUCGUCCACUAACAAUGUUUAUCUCAAAUCCACUCAACAACAUCCCAAUUAUGAAUUACUUGACACUCAAAUGUUUAGCUGCAACUUGUGUUGUAAAGUAUCGCAUACCAUAUCGAAAUCUCAUACCAAAAACACUGGAAACAUUUGUUCAAGACCAUGAAUAAUAAUUAAAUCACAAUUCGUACUGAUGAA